CUCUGCAGAGACAGAGACAGACGAGACAGAAGGCAGAAGAAAACGGAGUGUGAAUUCAGUAUGGAGGUCGCGGGGGACGACUACUACUACCACGAAAACAUCAGCUUCAACUUCAGCUAUGACGACUAUCCCGCCUUGUGCGAGAAAGCCGACAUCCGCUCCUUCGCCGCCAUCUUCCUCCCCGUCGUGUACGCGGUGUGUCUGGUGGUGGGAGUGGCGGGGAACGCCCUGGUGGUGACGGUGUACGCCUACCACAAACGCCUAAAGACCAUGAUGGACGCCUUCCUGACCCACCUGGCUGUGGCCGACCUGCUCCUGCUCUUCACGCUGCCGUUCUGGGCCGCGGAUGCCGCGCGGGGCUGGGAGCUGGGGGAGCUGCUCUGUAAGACGGUGUCGACCUGCUACACGGUCAACUUCACCUGCUGCAUGCUGCUGCUGGCCUGCAUUAGCCUGGACCGACACCUGGCCUUUGCCAGGGCACAAGACAGAGACCAGGGGAGUUGGUUGCAAAGGAUGUUUCAUAGGAGACACUGUUGGAAGGUGUGUGUGGUUGUCUGGGCAACAGCUUUCAUGCUCGGUCUUCCUGAUUUGAUCCUCUCAGAAGUGAGGUGGGGAUCUAACCGGAACAUGUGCAUGGCUGUGUACCCUUCCUCCAUGGCUCGAGGAGGUAAAGCCGCUCUGGAGACAGCGGAGGUGCUGCUGGGAUUCCUGCUUCCUCUCAUCGUUAUGGUGAUCUGUUACUGGAACGUGGCCCGAGUGCUAAAGAGCCUCCCCGUUGAAAGCAGAGGCAGGAAGUGGAAAGCUCUGCGCGUUCUUCUCAUAGUAGUCGGAGUGUUUGUGAUCACACAGCUGCCUUACAACGUCGUGAAGGUCUAUCGCAUGAUGGACUCCGUCUACGCUUUAGUGUCCCACUGUGGGACGAGUAAAGUGCUGGACACGGCGGCUCAGGUGACAGAGAGCCUGGCGCUCACUCACUGCUGCCUCAACCCGAUCCUCUACGCCUUCGUGGGGACGUCGUUCAGGCAGCACAUGACCAAACUGGCCAAGAGGUUUGGAGAGAGGAGGAGGAGGAGGAGAGAGAAUCCUGCAGAAGAGGAAGGGAUGGAGAUGUCGUUUAACUCUCACAGUGCAUCUCAAGCAACAGACACAUUCUCAAUAUGAGUUACACUGAGUGUCACUUAUUAAGUAUAUACUGAAGUAGCAUGAGCACUUACAAGUAAUCUGUGGUUUUGUUGUGAAAAAUAGGAGGUGUUAACUGUUCAGUCUUCUAAUCUUGAGUUUUAUAAAAGUUUCCAGUAACAAAUAAAUUGGAUUAUUGGACAAAUGAAGUUUACAGGAGGACGUUGAUAAACACAUGCUGAAAUAAUCCAGUAAAGACAAAGUUUCACUGGACAUUGAAGCUAAAACAUAGAACCAACCCUGCAUUACAAACCAGCACUUGCAAUGUUUACAUUUUGAUCCACCGAGUAUAGAACUAACAUAAGCAUGACAGAAUUCAUCCGUUUGUCUGUUAAAGACGUUGCUGAGCAUCCGAAACUUCCUUCACACGUUAUAUUUAAAUGUCUGUAAUCUGGAUCAGUAACCCAGUAAUCUGGUAAUAAGGUUUUCUUGAAAAUAUGAUUUCAGUGGGUGUAUUCUUACCAAACCUUAAUGGGAACAUAUUUGGCUGAUAAUCUACCCCAUCACAACAAAAUUCAGGACAAAUUUACAGACAAAAUCUCUCUUGUACAACAAGUCACAAGCAACCGAAGAAAUUAGCAGAGUUGAAACUUGAUACAUAGUUCAACUAAGAGAUAAAAAUA